AUGCCGCCACAAGAGGCAGUGGCCGUGUCGGCACCGGGCAAAGUUCUGUUCGCCGGCGGGUUCCUGGUUCUCGAUCGCAGGCACACCGGUCUUGUGUUCGGCCUCGACGCCCGGAUCCACGUCCACGUCAAGCCCUGGCUAGAAGGCCCGACCACCUCGACGGGAAGCGCGAUACUCGUUCAAUCGCCUCAAUUCCGCGACGCAAGCUGGUUCUAUGAGAUAACAGAAACAAAGGCUCACGACCAUGUGGCCGUCGGUGUCAGACAGGUGCAGGAUCAGCCCGAGUAUACCCAGAAUGCAAACAAAUUCGUCGAGACGACCCUCCUGUAUACUCUAACAUAUCUGGCACAUGUGUCGAAAGGCGUCAGGGCCAGUCUCAAGGUCACUAUCCUGGCAGACGACGAUUACUACUCUCAAUCUACGGAAUCGCCGAAACCGGCCGCCGCCUCACAGUCGAACUUCAGCAGCUUUGGGGUGAAGUUGAGCGACGCCCAUAAGACUGGGUUGGGAUCCUCGGCAGCGCUGGUAACAUCUCUCGUGUCUGCACUUCUUGCGUUCCAUACAACUGAAUUCGGGACCGAGUCUGCUCUACCUCACCGGACCAUCCACAAUUUAGCUCAGGCUGCUCAUUGCGCCGCCCAAGGCAAGGUUGGUUCCGGCUUCGACGUCGCUGCUGCCGUGUACGGCUCAUCUCUCUAUCGAAGAUUCACUCCUACGAUCCUGGAGGCUGUGGGAGAACCCACGACGCCGGGGUUCAGCGAGCGACUACAUCGAUGCGUGGACGAUCUCGAGUUAGAUCGUAAAUGGGAUGUGGAGGUGGCGAGCCAGGCGGUGCAGAUACCGGAAAGCCUACUCCUGGUCAUGUGCGAUGUCGACUGCGGCUCCGAGACUCCUGGCAUGGUGCGCAAAGUGCUUCAAUGGCGCAAGGACAAGGCGGAAGAGGCAGAUUUGCUGUGGAAUGCGUUGCAGCAAGGGACCAACGAGCUUUGCCAGGAACUGCAGCGGCUUGCCCAGAGUGAAGGAAUCGAAGUGGACGGGUUUAACGGGCUGGCGGAUAUCAUCUUGACGAUUCGGAGCUUGGUGCGAGAGAUGUCGGCCAAGUCCAGAGUACCUGUCGAGCCGGCUGUGAUUACGGAGCUGCUUGAUUUCUGUACGUCCUUACCUGGGGUGGUGGGAGGAGUCGCCCCUGGAGCUGGAGGGUACGAUGCCGUCGCGUUACUGGUCAAAAACGAUGGCGACACGGUCCAAGUUCUCCGGGAGCGUCUGGACGGAUGGAAAAGUCGAGAUGAUACAGGAGCACAGAUUGGACAUGUCAAGUUGUUGGGGGUGAAGCAAGAAAAGGGGGGAGUCAGGAUGGAAGAGACAGGCAGGUAUGCGGGAUGGGUGUGA